GCAAAUGUCAUGACUCUCAAACAAUUAUAGCAUUCCCCCAUCAUGUCUAGCUUCGCCAUGCCUGUCUGUAGAGCGCGUUUGCUGCGGAGGUGCAUGCGAUGCGGCGAGCGGAGGGAGAGCUGUCAGCCUUCACGUCGGCGAUGGAUGAGCAGCGUGCGGGAAUCCCCAACCAAGAGGCCGAAGACAGCUAUUUUCUUCCCUGGCCAGGGCGUCCAACGCGUAGGAAUGACCACACCAUGGUUAGAAGCCUUCCCCAACACAGCCAAACCUAUCCUCGAAGAAAUCGACGACACGCUCAAACUUCCUCUCACCAAGACGAUAGAAUCCGGUACCAAUGCCGAGCUCACCAAAACCGAGAACGCGCAACCAGCCAUCAUGGCGACUUCAAUCCUCAUACUACGGAUAUUGGAGAAUGAUUUCGGCUUCAAGACAGACGCGCGCGUCGAUAUCACCCUCGGGCAUUCUCUGGGCGAAUUUGCAGCUCUAGUAGCUGGCGGCUAUCUCACCUUCCGCGACGCGCUGCAAAUGGUGCGCAAACGAGCUGAGGUCAUGAGCAAAUGCAGCCAAGAAGCCGUAGAAAGAGACGGAGGCGAGUUCGGCAUGGUAGCACUGGUGUGUGAAUCCGAGGAGCGCAUGCAGGCGCUCAUCAACGGCAUCCACGAGUUCCUCGCGCACGGCUCCAAGGCUGACUCUCACGACCACCUCCCCGCCGUCCAACAAGUCACCAUUGCCAACCUCAACUCGAAGAACCAGAUCGUUCUAAGCGGGAAGAUUACGAGGAUAAACACGCUGCUUACCAACUUGCGCCAGUUCGGAGGCCACGAUCCCCGACACGUCCGCUUGAAGUCCGACGCGCCCUUCCAUAGCUUGCUUAUGAAACCCGCCCAGGAAACGAUGAAGCGCAUACUCUACAAGCAGACGGAAGACGGUCGCGAUAUCGUAACUUGGCCGGGCAUCAUGCCGUGCAUAUCGAAUGUGUCGGGCAAGCCAUUCCAAGAUAAAGAGCAGCUGAAAGACUUGCUUGCGAGAAGUUGCGCUGAAACGGUGCAGUGGUGGAAGAGCAUUAAGUAUCUCCAUGAGGAAGAGAAGAUCAUGCGAUACGUAGGCAUCGGGCCGGGGAAAGUAGGCAGGAAUCUUGUCGGCAAAGAAGUGGGCAUGAAGGGCGCGGUUAAAGGUGGUGGAGUUUGGGGCAUUACGAGCCCCAAGGAAAUGGAAGAGGUUGUUAGGGCGUUGGAUGAUACUGAGAAUAUUGACCUGGAAUGAUGGAUGGAUGCUAAUAAACGGAAUGUGGAAUCUGUCUAGGAGGUUUGAUUUCAUCGAUACCCCUCUGCGACUUUGCCUUGUAAGAUCUGCUGCUAAGCAUCGAUAUCACUUCU